AUGUUAGGUCAAGGUAUGAUUGUUAUUUUUAUCUUUUUACACCAUAAGGCAAAAGAGUUUGUUGAAAAUGAUCCCAAAACCAAGUUGAAUAAUGGGUUUUUGCAACUCAUUGAAAAAAAUUUAGAUACUUUGUUGCAAUUUGAAUUUAGGUUGUCAACUAAGUAUAUUACUACUUCAAGAAUGUGGUCGUCUAAUAUGGUGUAUUUGAUUAACCGAGUUUUGAAUUUGAUUAAUAUGAUUUAUGAAAAGCAAGAAGAAUUGGAAAGAGAGAAAGAUAAAGAUCAAGAAUUUGAAGAAUCAGAUAAACAAAGCUUAAUAACUAUGAAAUCAGCAUCUAGUUCUGAAGAGCCUUCUAAUUCAGCGCCACCAAUUCCAAGUAUAGAAGAUGAAUUCCCCAUAACUACAGCACAAGGAAAUCUUUUGUAUCUAUUCAAUACCAAUUCAUUUGGUGAUCCUUCGCAAUUUGAAUAUUUGAAUGGCUUCCACUUGAAUGAUCCAAAUUGGUUGACGGUACUGGAUAACAUACCUUAUUACUUGGACCCUCUUGUUGAUGGGAGUAAGGAACAAAUUGCUGAUUAUAAGCAGUACGGACCAGUAACAGAGACAACAAAUGGUAACAUUGAUACUUCUCUUGAGCCAGUUGGAGCUGAUAUUAUGGAAAAUUUGUCAACAAAUGGGCCAUCAGGUUCCAAUUCUGUUAACAAUACCGCAAUUGCUAAUGGUAGUGGAAUGGAUAAUUCAACAACGGUAUCUAAUACUAUUGAUCCUGUGACUGCUGCUGCUGUUGCUGCUGGUACUACUACUUCCACCAAUGUGAUUGCUAACUCUUCUACUAUUCCAUUACAACCACAAUCCAAGAGUUCUUCUACAACCCCUGCAAUAUUCAAUCAAAGUUCUGGAGAUGGCUUUGGAUUAAAUUAUUAUAAUAAUGGGAGCUGGACUUCGGCAUCUCCAAUGAUUCAAACACCAAGUGUUCAAGAACAACCAAUGUCGAAAGUGUCCCCAAACUCUGGAAUGCCCCCUACCAUUGGAUCACGAAUUCCAAGUCAAACAAAGUUUCCAAAUCAAGUAUCACCAAUUCCACCAAUAUUGCCACCAUUAGCACAACAGCAGCAACAAACACAAGCACAGCCAGUUGUCAAUCCUAACAAUCCUAAUAUUAGCUACGUUUUUCCUCAUCAAAUGGCAAAUUAUAAUGCUCAACAAUAUGGAAACUACAAUGGUCAAUCAAUGAAGUCCACAAAGAAUGACAACAGAUCAAAUCAAUAA